CCCCUUUCCUUCCCCUAUGAGAAGGUGUCUUUGCUUGAAAUUAUCCACUCUUUGAACUUAGUUCCACCCUUUUUCUGCCUAUAAAAACCUUCCAUUUUGUACAACACAUUGCAGCACCCUUCCAGUUCCUAUAUGGCAUAUUUCCCAAUUCAUGAAUUGCUUAAUAAAGCCAGUUAGAUCUGCAAGUUUACUUGGUUGGAUUUUAUUCCUUAACACCUGUCCCCAGGGCCUUACUAUUCCUUUGCACCCAGAAGUCAGUCUUUGAAAUCUGACACCUCUGCUCCAGGCUAUUCUGUGAAACCAAGUAUUCUAGAUGAGAAGGUAUAAAAACAGGUUCACAUAGUAAGCCUGUCCCCUCCCUCACCACCAUGUGGGAGUGCUGUACCUCCCACAUUUAUUCCUUUCUUCACUGCUGCACACUUCUUAGCUCUGCGAAAAAGGGAAGAACACAGACUCUCUACUCUUUAGAUCCACAAACCGAUCCCCACUACAACCAGUGACGUGGCCCUGGUGACUGAGAUGUCAUCCUAUUUAAAGGUCCUAGGCCCUCUCUUGGUCCUGCUGCUCCCCCUCUGUGGGCUCCUUUUACAAAGCCAGAACCUUUCCUGGAGGGACUUCAUGAAGCAGCACCACCUGAGCACAAGCUUGGAAUUCAGUGAGUACAGAUGCAAUGAUCUCAUGAAGGAAAGAGAAGCUCCGAAGGACAAGAACUAUCACAUCUUCAUCUAUACCUUAUGGCAAAAUAUCGAGAAUGUCUGCCUCAGGAACUGGAGAGAUCGCUACAGAAAUGCGUAUAUGUGGGCCCCGUAUCCCUUCAAAAUACUCAAGUGCUACCUGGGGAAUAAGAAAAAGAGCUACACAGAGCACAGGAGCUACAGCUACAUUGAAUUCCAUUGUGGCGUGAAUGGGUUUGUUGAUAGCAUAGAGGACAUCCAGUUGUUAGAGGUUAUCAGCAACUAGAAAGUCCACCCACACCACCAGGUUUUAGCAGAGUGUUUAGUGUUUCCCAAGUGGUGGUCCCUGCCUACAUCAGUAGCCAUUGCUACUCCCCACUUUGCAUUUAUGUAUCAAUGUUUCCCAACUAGAGUUAUGUAUCACAGUGUUUAUUGAUAUCAUAACCUUGCCUAUGUUGGUUCUCUGCUUGGAAUACCCUUCUUUUAUUUACCUGAUUUACUCUUUUUUCUUUUUUAAGAGUCAGCUCAUACGGCAUCUCUUUUUGACUAACUCAGGAAUUGUCCUGAUAUUGACUCCUUAUGCCUACCAAAGCUGAAUGAUUUCCCCUUCCCUAAAUAAAUUAUAUCAUUCCAAUGUGUGUGACAUUUAUAA